UCCUACCACUCUCUUGGCCCCGCCCCAAGCUCUUGGCCACGCCUUUGUUGCUGCCAGACCUCGUUCUACCCUCUGUAAAUGAUUUUCUCCACGCCCUGGGGGGCGGGUCCUCCGUCCUCUUCCCCACACCGCGCCCACCUUGUUAGCCCUCCCUCCCACACCCGCCCCUGCCCAUUUGGUCUCUGGCCCCGCCUCCAGCUCUGGACCCCGCCUCCUAGUUCUCCGGGCCCCACCCCAGUUGCCCAGGUAGCCAGGGCUCGCCAGGUGCUGACAUUCCCCAGCUGCCCCGUGUCAGCCCAGAACUCUCCAGCAGUGCUCCUGUGCCCAGCCCUAAGAGCAGCGUCCUCCCCCUGAGCCCAUGGCCGUGCCGGGGCCCCUGGCCCUCCGGGCUGCGCUGUGCAGCGGCUGCUGCUGCCUCCUGCUCUGUGCCCAGCUCGCAGCAGCCGAAUGCAAGCAGCUGGAAUCCUGCAGGCGCUGCGUGGAGGGGGAACCCACUCGAAACCUCUCAGGCUGUGUGUGGGAACACUGUGGGGGUGAGGAGCCAGAACAUGGACACUGUGUAACUCGGGAAGAGGGAGCCAAGGAAGGCUGCUCUGUCUAUAACAGAACGGCUCUGUGCCCAGCUGCUCCACAGUCACCCACUCAGGAGCCAAAGGCAUUCACAUCAGGCAGCCCUGCCACUGUCCCCCCGCUGGACUCGCACACGCCUGGCUUCGAUGGGGCCAGCUUCGUUGGGGGUAUCGUGCUGGUGCUGAGUGUGCAGGCUGUAACUUUCUUCUUCAUCCGUUUUGUUCGGGCCAAGGACAGCACCUAUCAGACACUGGUCUGACCACCAGGACAAGACGGAGUGGGGGGAGCAGAGGCAGUGCUAGUCCUCGUGUGCCCUCAGCCCUGCUUCCACUUGGGGAAGGGGGGCCCGGUCCAGCCCACUCCUCCCAGCUCCGACCUCUGGCCCUCCUUCCAGGGCUGCCACCCACCAAUAAAGGAAGUCUUCUCUCUGGA